AUGCAGCUCUGCCACUCGCCCUACCAAUCAGUGGAACCCGAUAUUGAUCCUCCGGCUUUCUUUGAGGGGUAUGAUACUUCCCGCCUAUCUGUGGCAUUGCCUUCCUUACCAUUUUCAGAACAGAGGGUUACCAAACAUCCUGAUUAUGCUCACACCCCGUUAACACUCAACCCGUCACGAAAUGGGACUUCUGAUCACUGCUUCCUUUUUGAUGGCUCCGUGCCAACACCUGCCCCACUGGCGAAGCGUCUUCAGGCUUCUGCGGAUUCAACAGAGGUGGGCACUGGCUUCUCAUUUUCCUCACAGCCUCUGGUGAUCUCAAGUGACAAAGGCGAGACAGGAAGUGAUAAUAGUAAUGAUGAUGAUGACUGUCAAUUUCCUGCUUGUUUCUCCCAACCUGUUCCUACCACACCCGCAAAUGGUCGUCGAACAUCCUCUAUCAUUACAACCAAUGCUCCCAUCACCCCCAAACCAGCUUUUGAUGAAAUGAGGACACCCGAGUUGAGGAAAGCCCUCUCUGACUACGGGGUUCGUCGUCUCCCGAAGAAAAAGGCCAUCCAAUUGCUCAAUCACAUCUACGAUGAGCUGCACCCAUACGUCGAAGCACCCCCAAUUCUCGAUGAUAAUGAAUCUAAGAUGGAACUUCAACCUGCAGAGGCUUCACUUGGUGAUUGUGCAGCAGGCGUCACUUCUGAUAAGGCUGUAAUUGCAAUGAAACCUGCCUCCAAUCCUCCGGCUUCCACCUCGGACCAAGGUGCUUUAGAAGCCAGCGCUGAUCCAGACCAGGAGACUCCGAAUGAUACACUCAGACCUCGGGUGUGGGAAUGCCUACGCAGCAAUGACCACUUGUACUUCAAUAUCGUGACCUAUGUUCCCCUGGAGUUGGACUGUGUCAAAGCCAUGCUUCGUGAAGCCGGUAUAAACGUCGGCCUCCGACGCCUAUCAGACAUGCUUGACAGCUGGGGAGUCACCUUCACAACGCGAAGUCGACACGCUCCUAGGCCUGGAACCAAUGCCUCCGACCCACGAGCCGCGAAUUAUUUGUGGUGA